AUGGCAUCUGUUUAUACAACUUUAGCAAUUAUAGGAAUGUUCUUUAUUUCUCCUAUUUUAAUACCAGCACUGUAUUUGGGGGUUGUAUUAUAUGAUUUUUUCAACUCAGAACUGCCACCUGGAAUUGAGCAACCUCUAAAGCUUCGUUUUUUCCACUCCUUGCUGAUUACAACCAUGGUUGCGGGAAAGAUUUUGGAGAAGCUGGGGAUCUGCAAUGAUUUCACCAUACUGCGAGUAGCUCUCAAUGGGAUACCUCCAUGGAGAGAUUCCAAACUGCUUAUCAAAGAUCUCACAGUAGAUGGGGUACCCUUGAGGAUUUAUCAGCCCAAAAGCCCACCCACUGGCAAAAGAAGAGGAAUUCUCUAUUUUCAUGGAGGCGCUGGCACAUUUGGGAGCAUUAGAGCCUUUGAAAGAGUAUGCCGCUAUAUGGCCAAAAAAUGCAACUCAGUGGUCGUGUCUGUUGGGUACCGUCUGGCUCCUGAACAUCCCUACCCAGGGCAAUAUUUUGACUGUCUCAAUGCCACCUUAUACUUCAUGAGGAAUUUAGAAGAGUAUCAUGUGGAUCCUGGUCUCAUCAUCAUUAGUGGUGACAGCUGUGGAGCUAAUUUUGCUACAGUUAUUUGCCAAAUACUGCUGAAUGAUAGAGAUCUGCCAAAAGUACGUGCUCAGGUGCUACUUUACCCAGGACUCCAGGGGCUGGAUUUCCACUUGCCCUCCUACCAGCAGAACGCUUUUGUCCCCAUGUUGUCCCGGAAGAUGAUCAUCUACCUUUGUUUUCGUUACCUUAACAGAAAACCCACAGUUUGGAAAGAUGUUCUACAAAACUGCCAUGUUCCUGAUAGUAUGAGACAGCAGUAUAAAAAAUGGGUAAGUGCUGACCUUAUUCCUGAUGAAUUUAAGGUUAGAGGCUACGUCCCACCAAAACCCGCAUCAUAUAAACCUGAAGUACAUGAAGCUGUCAAAGAAAUUUUAGCAGCAACAUUUUCCCCACUUUUAGCUGAAGAUUCCAUUAUUUGCCAGCUCCCUGAGUCCUACAUUGUGACCUGUGAGUUUGAUGUGUUGCGGGAUGAUGGUCUGUUAUACAAGAAGAGACUAGAGGAAAAUGGUGUUCAAGUGACCUGGUAUCAUUGCGAGAAUGGCUUCCAUGGAAUUUUAGCCUUUUUUGGCUAUGGGAUUUUUUCCUUUUUAUCUGCAAAUAAGAUAAUGGACAGUAUUGUGAAUUAUAUAAACAGUUUAUAAAAGUAUUUUUCAGAAGAAAGAUGCAAGUCAUGCAAUAUCUUUGAUGAAUCUAUACUUGGCAAGGAAUAUAAACACUUUUGAUUCAUAGUUUGGAUUUUGACUGCAUUUUGUAGUUUCUGAUUUCUGCUUCUGUAGUGACUCUGAAACAAAUGUUAAGAUUAUUUGAACUACCACCAUUCUAGAAAAUAUUCUUGUAAAAACACACUAAUAAGACCAACAUGAAAAAGGCAAGGCACCUAGCACAUCCUGUUUCACUAAAACUACAGCAAUUCCAGUAUCUUUGCAUGGCUGACACACACUGAAGGCAAGAGACAAGAAUCUCCAUGAAGAUUCUUUAACAGCCCAGAAAUGCUGAAGACAACAACUGAGGUCUGCUUUGGCCCUUGUGACAGACAGGAGGUGUUGAUGGUGUCAGAUGGAGAACUCAUCUACUAUGAAGUCUUACAGCAGACACUGGAAAUGCAGCCAUGAAUUUAAUUUCCAGGUUUAGUCUCUACAAAAACUACACUGCUCUAGAAACAGGGAAGUGAAAAGCAGCAUUGAAAUCCUAAACUGCCGCUAGCAUGAGUUUGAUUUUGUUUGGGAUCUGAGAAAUGAUGUUUCAUUUUGGAACAACUUUCUCAAACUAGAUUCCCUGAACUUCAGUGAGUGUGUGGAUGUCAGAGAAGUGCAGAGGUGAGACUUUUCCAUGACCCUUUUUUCUUUCAAGAUUAUCUUAUGCUCAAGGCUACCUGUUCCGCUGUGUUGAAAAAGUUCUGAAAAUCAUGUAAAGAAGGCAGAGAAACACAAUUUUAUCUAUUUUAUCACUGUAAUGCUAUGGUGAUUCUGUGAUGCUUUCAACAACAAAAAAUAAAAAACUCA